AUGACCCAAGUGGAAUUUGAACUGGCCUGUGCUGCACUCAAACAGCUGAAGGGUCCUGUGAGUGACCAGGAUAAAUUGCUGGUGUACAGCUACUACAAACAGGCCACCCAGGGUGACUGCAACAUCCCUGUCCCUCCAGCCACAGAGGUGAAAGCCAAAGCCAAGUGGGUGGCAUGGAACCAGAACAAAGGGAUGUCCAGGAUGGAUGCCAUGAGGUUCUACAUUGCUAAAGUGGAAGAGCUAAAGAAAAAGGAGGCUGCACAAGGACUUUGA